CCCGUUUCCGUCGUCCUCCGGUCGGAUCGGGGCGGCACCGGUGAGGAGCAGCCGACGUGCAGCGCAGGCCCCGGCCCCAGCUGCCCUGCGGCCCCCAGGGGCUUCCACCCGCUUUGUGCUGCUGAGGCCGGGGGCCCCUCCGAGUGCGGAGAGGUCCGCAGGGUGAGAACGGGCCGCUGCCUCUGCUGCGGCUCUGCGUCCGUUCGUGCAAAAUCCUAAUUACGGUUCUGAACUUCAGGGUUUGCUUUUGUUUUUUUUUUUCCUUUUCCCCGUGUGCCUUCUAUGCAGACGGUAGCCCUGCAGCCGGAAGCAGGGGGACGUGGUUUGUCCCGGCUGUUCUGUUGGAAAAGGCAUUCCCGUAUUUCCCUCUAGCUCUCUUUGUUAGCCGUAAGCAUUUGCAUGCUCCUUUCGCCCUCGUUUCACGUUGGGCUGAUUUAUUUUCACCCAUCUGCAUCGCUUUGCAAAAGCGGGCUGCCCCACAAGUACAAAGUCACAACUUGAGCUCCCAGCUCACACCUGCACCCCUCAAACAGGGGGUGCUCCUGACUUCCUCGGGCAGCCCUUAGCGCGGACUCCCAGACCAAGGCUGCCAUAAACAUUUGGAGAGGACCCCAUAUAAACCUGGCUUCUCUGCUGGCAAAGCGUGGUUGGUGCGGAGCAAGGGAAGCUGUCCCAGCACUGUGCUGCUGAAGCGUCUGCCUCAGGACCUCUGCCAGCUCAGAGGCAGCGCAAAUAUUUCUCUUAACCGAUGGAACCGGGAAGUGCCUGGGUUGAACCUACCCUUAGGUUGCUUCUGUGGGUGUUGGAGUAGUUGACUUCAAGCUGUUAGUUAAUGGCCACAAAUGAUCCUGUUGCGCCUGAACCUUUCUACCUGCUCCCGAGUGCGGAAGGUGAAGCUGGUGAGAGGAAAACAGGGUUGGGAGCUGAACGGGCGCGCUGAGCUGUCAUUGGGUAUUUCAGAAAAACCUGACUUCAAAGGCUUGAUUGCAGGGCUUUUUUUCUUAAAAAAAAAAAAAAAAAAGCAAGCUGUACCAAUUAAACUGCACAAGUUAAGAAAAUGAUGUGGUUAAAGCAGCGUUUUCUCUCUAUAGAGGCACUAUUAAAUUGUCUUGGUUUUGUUUAAUUGCUCCAACGGCAGUACAAUGGCAGGCUUUCACUGCACGCUCUCCCUUUGGACUUGUUUAGACUGGGAUUGACGCUGUAUUUCUGAAACAUGUUCAGACCAAUAUCUGCACACCCUGCUACGCUUGGGCAAUGUGUUUUAAUGGGUACGUGCUGGUCAAGCUAAGUCCCGAUGGGGAGGAGCGAGAGAGUGGAUAGGAAAAGCAACCAGUGCUUCGGAUAUAGUUUCUGUAUUCGUAGAUAUUGCUGAAAGUAGAUUUUUACAUGAUGUUGAUGGUUUCCUGCAAUGCAUAAACUGCAUUCUGCUAUUGCUGUUCUGUAGGUAAGUAUGCAGCUGGUGCUCUAGUGAACACAAAAAUAAUUUUUAUAUACCAGCAGUAAUCCUGAGGUGAGCUGCAGCCCUCCCCUACCCCGUAACUUUUGUUUCUGUUAUGUUCUUUGGCAUUUACAUGCGCGAGGGCCUAAUCUUCAGUCAUCUCAAGCCUGAAAUAAUUACAAUGAUUUCAUGUUCAGAUCUUGCAUCUUGUCUGGGCUGCUCAAGUGGUCAGUUACCAAAGAGCAAACUAGUUUUCCAUGUGUUAGGUCAAACUAAAUAUGGUUGCGGAGAGCAUCGUUGUAGUAUAAAGUAUCCAACAAUUCAGUAGGAUGCAAACAUCCAUCAGCACAAGUUGACCAGAGGAGUUCCUGUGGUAGUCUGUUGUAUAUCUGAAUUAAAAUUAAAUGCUUUUUGGGCAUUAUCUGUUGGGGCUUUUGGUUGCUGACGAACUUUAAUGUUAGUGUUCCAGUGAAGAGAUGAAGAACUCGAUAUGAAGUUACUUGCUUUGGGACACAAUUUGACUAGCAGCCCCCCCCCCCAGCUUUGGGUAAACAGUUGAUUUUUGUUAAUACUUGUUCCUCGUAAUGUGUUGUCGUUAGCUGCCUGAGUACUGCCCUAAAUAUAGUUUCCUGAAGGCACUUACAAUAGGUAUCCAGAAAUAGGUGUGUUUGGUGAGGUUUCAAUUUUGAGCCAGCUGGGUGGCGGUGGUGGGGGGGAAAAGUAGUUAAAAUAUAAAUAACAGCAGAAUUUUGUACCCUGGUUCUAAUAAUAGCAUAACUUCCCAUCAUGUUUAUCCAAGAAGCUCAUCUGUAAACAAGAUGACAUUGGAAGAUGUGUGGAAAUCUGUAUUAUGGAAGCUGAUGGACAAAAUGGUGUAGAAUUGGAAUUCUACAGUGGAGGUUAACUGAGUGCUUUUAAAAAUGCUCUCUUGUUGUUUGGCAUCUCGCUCAUUUUGUAUGCUAACUCCAAUAAAAAUAAAUGAGCUUUCCAAGAUGCUGACUUUUUUUUUAAUCAAACUGUACAGCUUUCUCUUGGGGUUUCCACAUCCAUUUCUUUGUGUGGGAAAGAAUUGUUUUUCAUUAGUGUGCUAGUCAGAAAGCAGACUGCUUAAUCUGGUUUCACUGCCCGAGUUUCAGGAACAGGGAAAGAAACAGCAUUGUUGGUUUAGGAUUUUGAAUUCGAGUAUUUCCAGAGCUCAGUGUAUUGGUUUGUGUUUGCGAUGGGCUAUUAUGCGUAUUGUAUGUGUGAAUGUGCACUCUAUAUUUAGGUAGGGCAAGCAGCUAAAUUACUGCACAUCUCUUUUUUCUUUCUAGAAAAUCGUGUCAUAUCCUCAGUUGCGUUUUCAAAAUAAAAAGUUAAAUUUGUGGGCUUUCAUAUUAAAAUUUCUCCUCGCAUCGAGUAGCUUUUCUGCUCAAGUAUGUUGCUCUAGGAUAUAAUUAAUGUUAUUUAAAAGUCAGCCUAUUUAGUGCCUGGGUUAGUAAGCCUUCAUUAUGCUGUAAGUGUUGUGCUAAGAUGUCUGAUACCAUCCUCAGAAUCAUCUUUAAUAUAUGAGUGAGAGCGCGUGGCAGAAGUAACAAAACAUGUACCUCCGUUGGAGCUGGGAGUUCUUCAAGAAUCCCAUGUACAUUUCAUGGGGCUUCUAGAAAAGCGAGCAUCCAAGAGAGCACAGUAUUGGUAGUGACAGUAGUAUGUCGUUCAGUCUGCUACAGCAACUGCUGUUCCUUAAGGUAAAAUACCAGAGUGGAAGAAGCCAUCAAUUUGAAUGUUACACAUGGCAGUGUGGGGUCAUGCUUUGGAAUGUUGCCUUCAUUGUAGCUUCGGUGCAUGCACUGAUAGUGUAUUUGAAGUAGGAAGCUUAAUUUGCUUCAGAAAUAUGUGACAAAACGUUGGAAGUGCAAGCAGGCGGUUAAUUUAGGUUGGGCACACAUAACAACCAGCACAGGUCCUAAAAUUGCUCGUGUCUCAAGAGCAAAAUUGGAGGUGUAGGCAGUUUGUUUCAGGUGGGUACAAGAAUUCAGGUUUCUUUCCUUGUUCUUAAGUAAACUACCAGAUGGAGUGAGUCAUCUGUCUGAUAGAAGUGCAGACGUUAGCUAGCACUUUAUUGGUGACAAUAGAAAGUCAUUUUUGGACUGGUUGUUUCUGCCCACCUGAUACGGGAUCUGACAGUUGUUUUGCCCUCAAGGUCUGCGGAUCGAGUUCAGUCAAUUAGUUUGAUAGUAGAAGUGUAAGUCUUUAAAAGAUAACUGCGUGAAUGGAGGAUGCAUGAAUCAGAAUACAGGUUUUUUUUUUUUCCUCACAAAAGCUAUUUAUGACCAUCUCACCAAUUACGUUGUCAGCCUGUGAAAAUUAGGAAUGGUCUUGGCAGUGUGUAGAACUCAGGAAUGCUCUCUAGAAGGGAAUAGACACAAGUCUUGUCUUGGCUCUCAUUCAGGGCUUCCUCUUGGUUCUUAGUGGAGGCCGGCUCGCUUGGUGUCCUACUUCAGGCUGCUGUUGCAUGGAAGCCUUUCUUCUGCACUUCCAUACAAAGAAUUAUUACUGUUCCAGCACCUGUUUCAGUGAAUGCCUUCCUAACACACUUAUGCCCAAAGUGACGUAUCUCUGCCCUGCAUUAGGCAUAGGAUUGGAGGUACUUAGUAAUGAGGAGUGCUUCUUGCCAUGCCAGCACAAUUCAUGCAGAACUAUUGUAGAAGCAGGUUAUUGAAUCACUGGAUAGAGUCAUUUGCUUUCAUUAUUAGAGAGCAAAUGUAUUUUCUGAAACUGAUAUUAUUCUCUUCUUUACUGUGACCUUUCUUCAGGAAUUGCUCUUGACAGUUCAUGCCUGCUUCCACUCAGCGGGGUAGAAAUACGUGUGCCAGCCCUCUGAGCAGCCAGACAGGUUUAGGUUUUAAGAGUGCUUUAGUGCUGAGGGAAUGCAAAAGAUACGAUCUUUUUAUGCUGGAUUGAAGGAAAGAAGUGUUUUUUCAUGGUAGCUAAAAGUAAACGUAGCAGAGACAGAAAUCUUACAAGCCUUGUUGAGCAGCCUCAAUAUAUUUAAGUAAUUUUUGCUGAUGCCUACCUCACUUAAGCACUCGUCCCUCUCUUUCCCUGCCAGUCCUUGUGAAUUGCACAGCACUGUUGUGUUCUUGGGCUGCUGGCAUCUGCCAUGGGACUCACACGGGAGCACAGCCGCUUCUCUGUCUGGCACUGCUGAGAUGAGAUCCGGUGCUGGGUCCCCGGUGUCCCUCCCUGCCUUCAUUUCCCACGUGCUCUCACGAAUCUGGAUCUACUUUUGUUCAGUAGUAUACAGAAUCUUUUUUUCCCCCUCUUAGAAACGACUGCAACACUUUGUUUUUACUGUCACGUUUUCUAACUUAAAGAACAAAAAUGCGUAUCUCAGUAAUGGACUCAGUUUUGCCUUGAUUUAAAAUGCCUUAUGCCAGUGCAUGCUUUAGACGAAAAUGUUGGGUUUUAUAGUUCUAAUCAGUCAUUCUGGUAAUUGGUAGUGCCCCUGCCCAGUGCCAGUCAUGGCAAGUUUUCCUCUCCAUCCCUUCUCAGUGGAUGAAUACAGAGUUGCUCAAGAGAAGUGAAAAUCCUGCGUGUUGCCUUCUGACAGCACCAUGCACCCAUUUCUCUGAAUCCUACCAUUCUGUGGACGUUAGACUGCUUGUCAGUUUGCUUUGGAUGGGGUUUUCCUGUGGAACUGCUAGUUUUAAGUAUGUCUUGGGUAUCAGUGCAUAAGUCAGUGCAAGGAGCUGAAGGAAGUUCCCAUUGCCUUCUAUGAGUAAUCUGUAGGCAGGAUUAACCUUAUGGAGACAAACAAAACAACCCAACGACAAAACAACUGCACGAUCAGUAUUCGGGCCAAAAAAGUCUGCUCUUAGUGUCAUAUAUUGAACCUCCAGGCAAAGCUUACUUACUGUUGUGGUCCAGUCCCAAACUAGGAUGCUCCUCUGCAAAGUUCUUGGAUUGGUGCUGUGGCUCUUGUUUUCUCGCUUUGUUUGUUCAUGCUUUUGUUUUUCAAGUGAUGGUAAAGGUGCUGAUACCCGGUGGAGUAUGGGGGAGGGAAGUGGAAGCUGAUUGCCCUCUGGAGUGUGACACAAAAAUGUUAUUUUGUUGGACUGAUGUGCUGCCAGAAAUAACUCUGAGCUCCCUGUUUGCAGCACAAACAAAAUCGGAGGGAUUUUCUUUCAAACGUUCUCUCAUUCUCCUCUUCAUGAAUAGGAACCUCUUUUCUCUUUCUGGAAUCACAUUGCAAAGUGAUCUGUGCUUAUUGCAAAUGACAUGAAGAAGGUGAGCUUUGCUGGCUCUGUGUUCUCAGUGUAUUAGCCACCUACUUCAAAAAAAUAGUAGCUUAAAAACUGAAUUUAACAGAAUAAUGUAAUUGCGAGAGUAAUCAGUAUUGCUGAAGCCUUUGUUAUACCUUAAUUAGUUUUAUAGGAGCCAAAAGGAUUUUCUUUCUAAAAAUCAGUUUCUGUCUAUGUGUUCUUUAAACAAUAUCCUUCCUGAAGUAUAGUUUAAUACGUAGAUUUCUUUAGGCCGUGUACUGCUGUCAUCCCACACUUUAUUGCAGGUUACUGUACACAGACAACAGGUUUGUAACUGCAGCACUUUGAAGGUCAUGUAGUUACAGGAGUGUUUUAUCUUGGUCUCAUCACACUUGAGCUACUGGGAAAUGCUUUUGUAUUUCAGUUCUGUAGACCAGUGUGUCUACGUACUGCUUCAAUCUACUCGUAUUGUGUAUUUGUGGAGACUUCCAGUUAAGUUUCAGGCUUCUUACUGUAUGGCAUCAAAAAUACAAAUACUACACCGGAAUGCGAUUAAGAUUCUAUUGUAUUUUGUGCAUUUUCAACCAAACUUUCAGUACUGCUUAUUAGUGGUAUUUUUUACUGGUAUUGGUGGAAGAGGUGCUUGGUAUUUUUAGGUUACAUUCACAUUUCUGAGUGACUCUUUGCAAAUCCAACUUAGUGUAUGCUGGGGUCAGUUGGGGCCUUUAACCUAGUAGUGUGUGUUGCUUCUUUAAAUUGCUUGCUCUUGACUGACUAUUUUGAAAGAACAGCCCUUUUUAAGGUACUGAACUUCCAACUCUAGACUAGAAAGGGUUUGUGUUCUAGCUACUGGUGAUGUUCACAUCAGUGAUGCUUAAGAUGAAGGAUAUAUGCUGUUAAUCGUUCUGAAAACUUUUUGUCGUGGUCUGUUUCCUUAUCUUACAAAAGCUUUUCUCCCUUUUGCUUUCUCUUAAAAGCUGAGUCUUUUAUAAACAGUGCAUAGUGACGUGUCCAUCUUUUGUUUUCUAUUCUGUGUCGAAGUCCUGAAAUAUCUGCAGGAAGGUAUACAAUCCCUGGGCAAACUGGAGUCCAUUAAACAACGCUGGCUCUUCUAUAAGAAUACUCAGUUGACGUUAGUGGAGCAGUUUUUUGUUUUUCCUUUUAAACUUUUUGAAUUUGCACUUAGAAUGGAGCACGGUGAAACUUUCCUAGAAGGCUUGCUGUUCGGUGCAUUUGUGAAGCAUAUUUUCUUUUUAGCAAACUGCAGUUGGCUACUGUAGCUUAAGUAAAAAUGAACUUUACAGCUUCAAAAUGAGCACUUAUCCACUGUGUGAAAUAAACGAUCUGGCUGGACUUACAGAACAGUGAAAGCUAGUCCAAAUGAACCUCGUUGUGGCAGAGAUAAUGAAGUAGUGAACGACAGCACUGAUGGCAAAGUGAUGACUGCUGACCCCUGCAGCUUUUACGUGCGUAAGUCCAAUCAGUAAACUUACUUAGAUUGGGACAUGAAUAGUUUGGUCAUGGUUGUCUACUUCUCUAGUGAAAACACCGAUUUGUUAUUGGCAAUUAAGUUUAGAGGUUUUCUUUUCUCUCACAAUAUUCUUGCUUUCGUAGAAAGUUUGAAAUAAUAGUCAGAACUUAAGAAAGGAUUAUCGUAUCACAUUUAAUUUAGCGUUGCACUCUGAUGCGUUUAAUCACUGAUGUGAGCUGAAUGUGAGAAUGGCACAGGAAGCAGAUGAUACUUUGCAUUCCCAUUCGGUGUGUGUGUAAGUAACGUGUUGUAAAGACAGACCUGCCUUACUACUCAAAUACAAACCGUUUGGUCUGAAGUGAAGAAGGAAUGAGUGCAGUAGGCACUGUGUAUGGCAGUCACUGCUCUUCUCUUGGUUGCAGCCUGGUUGAGGAACCUCUGAGGAUGUGAAGGGCCUGUCUAGUUCACUGCUCUUCUGGCCAAUGGAAGGCCAAAGAAGUACAUUAGGAGGUUAACCUUGAAAAGAUAGCUGGGAAUCUGUGUCUAAGCAGGAGUAGAAGGAAGAACAGAUGAAUGACUAGACCACAUGUAAGUUACUGCUAAUAAAAUAAAGCAGAAGUCGUAUCUAGCACUUCACCUGCUUCUUCAGUGUCACGUAUUUUGGAGAGUUUUUGAGAAUGAGGUCUUGGGAUGCCUCAAGUGGCCUGGUUAGGUUUUUAGCUACUGACUGGAAAUGCAGUAGUGGGUUUUAGAUGAAAAUGUUGGUAUUUUGAUGUAAGAUUUAGGAAGAAGAAAAAGCAUGUGGUACAUAAAAAGCAUAUUGCAUUUUGCAAUUUCAAGAUCCUAUGGUAUGUUGUGAGGGAUUGUGGCAGUGCCAUUACUCCUUCUGCUUUCUACAGUACAGCAUGGUGAAUUUUAGUAGCCUUCAAUUUAGUGACCAGUUCAGUUAACUGCUUCGUAUAUGAACUACUCCCAGAGCUGUUGCUGUUGGACCUUACAUCUGACCUAUGCUAUAAGUUGAGAGAGUUUCUACUCUUGUGUUCUGGGAUUUCAUUGUGUAUUUUGCCAAUAUCAUAGAUUAGUCCUUUUAUAGAGUUUGGAAGGAAAGUGUGUCUUGGCCUUCUUGGUUUGGUAUACUCUGAAGGCAGCUUUGAAAUUGCUGGAUACUCGUGUACAUUUUGUACUUGCUCCACAGUUCUUCGGUGAUAGAACAGUGCUGCUGCUGCCGCUGUUUCCAGCAAUAGAUCAUCCACAAAUGGAUGGCAGUAAGAUAAACACAAAGCUUGUUCUGCAGGUUGAGUACUGUUGCUGUAGCUGUGUUGCUCUGAGCGUAUAAAUAAGACAAAAGAUUUUAUAAGGAGAGGCAGUAUCUUUUAUUAGAUUGACUGCCAGGUUGAUGGGCAGUGGGACACAGGCAUUCAAGUGCUCGGUUCUUGGGAAAGUUGCUCAGUUUUUGGAGACAGCAUGCAGAGAUCUUGUACUGUCGGGGUUGCAGGAACGUUGCAAAUACAGAAAGAUACCAUUGUGACCUUUCAUUUUUUUAUGGGUAGCUCAUAAUUUUGAUGUAAGACCUCAUAGUAAUGUUUAGUAGAGUUCUUAGCUAAAAAAAGUGAAAAGCAAGUAAGCAUCUUUAGGACCCUAUUUAAAUUGUCAUUUGUUUUUCCAGUUUCUCUGCAAACAAUGUCUGCAUGAAGAAGGUGGGGAUGGUACUGUGGGGGUGGCCACCAGUAUGACUGCAUAUAGGUAAAUCUAUAAGUUGCAGGUAGAAAGAAGUGGAUUAUGUUGCAAGAAUUGCAUCUUAGGACUUACCUCGUCAUUAAUAAUAAUUAAUAGUAGUAUUAUAUUUUUGCCCUGUUGAUGGCAUUUUAUGAGAAGUCCUUAGCUGUUAUGAACUGGGGAGGGUGUAUAAGCUUGCUUGUUUAUGGUAUGUUUUAUACUAUCUAGGCCUGGAGGCCUUCUUUCUCCUGAACUUCUAGGUAAAUUGCACUUACUUUGUAAGUGGUGUUAGGAUGAAGACUGCGCCGUUAGUUUAACUUCUAGGAAUCCUUUCAGUUUGGAUGAUUUAUUUAUAUCCUGUCAGCAUCCAUAUCAUCGCAUUUCUUCCUGCAGCGUUGAGCUGAGCUCCACAUAUGUCUGCAGUUUGGUUUGUAACUCGGGGACACCAUGGCUUUUCCUGGGAAUGGGGAAGGCUUUUUAAAGGAAACAAAACGUAGCACCACCACCAAAAUACCAGAGGAAACUGUUUUUCCAUGGUUUAAUAUUCCUUAUCAGAUCUGUUUCCCAACCAGAUCACUGAUCACAAUUUUCCCACUUUCUGGGGAGGGGGAAGAGAUUUUAUGUAAUUCAUGUCGUGUUAUCCAAAUCUUCAAGGGGGAGCAUGAGUUAGAGAUGUCUGCACGCAGUUUUGCUUCAAAAUUCAUAGCAGAGUUUAAGAAGGCCUUAGUCUGAGUUUGUUUUCUUCGUUCUUAAAACCAAUCCCACAACAAACAAAAACCCCACGAGCAAAAUGAAGCAAAACUAUUUGGAAAUAAAGCUGUAAGCUUUUCUUCCAGAACUUAAGAGCUUUUAUUUUUGUAUAUAGUAGGGCAGAAAUCUGACAUAAAAUGCUGAAAGUGUUCCACUCUGGAGAACAAAGAUUUUAUGCAACUAAAGAGCAUGGACGUGGCUAUGGAAUUAAAACACUGCUUUGCCUCACACGCUGUAUUUUCUCCCAGCAGCACCAUACAUUGCAAGCAUUUGAAUACACAGAGUUGUUUUGAUGUAAAAGAGACCCGGUACCGAGCCUCGUCUCCUUGGUUAGGUUGGUGGCGAGGGCCGUGUUUAUGCUGUGGAUGUUCUGUUUCUCAGAAUGACUGGGGUUAAUUGUAGCUUGGCGAGUGGAAAAAAAAAAAAGUUCCAUAUUGUUUUUCUGCAGUGGAUUCCUGUUGCUAUGCAACAAACAGAAUGUCACUUAGUGCAGGAUAUAUUAAAUUUGUAUUCCCUGCACAUAUCUCCGAACGCUCAUUUUUGUACUUUAACAGGAGGGUACGUUUCUGACUUCCUGUAGGACUGUAGUAUGAAGCAUAUAUUUGAGCUUCUAUUCUGGUGCUUGCUGUAACUGUGGAUACGUCAGCGUGCUUGCAUAGCCUGCCUUUGUUUUUAGAUGCAUGGGGCACCUGUGCAACGCAGUCAGACAAAAAGGGUGAUGGUUAUGUUCCCGGGGGUGGGAUGAUAUUGCCAAGCAACAUGCUAAGACUUCAAAAAGGAGAAAUUUCUGCUAUGGAAAAACCUCAGGCUAUGAAUUCUAACAACCUUUAAACGUGAUACAGAGAAAGUUAAUGCAGGUGGCACUACGCGACUCUUCAUUAAAAAUUAACUGUUUUUUGUCCUUAGGAUUACCUUUGAUAUUUAAAUAUGUUGACACCUCCCUUCCCUGCCACAUCCAUGUUUCCCCUUCCCCGUUCCAUCUACAGCACUCUGGCCAGCCAGUCCCAGCACCCGGCCUCUUUGCAUUCACUCUAGAUGGAUUCUGGAAUAAAUGUUUAGCAUGUGCUUGGCAAAAUUAUGUUCUGUGACUGAAAGCAGUGAUUAAGUAAUGGACAAAUGACAACAACUGCUAAGACGCUGCUUCGUAGUGGAAAAGGAGUCAGAAAUAAUAUUUGAGAACUAGAAGGAUGUUAAUUUUACCUGCGCUUCUGAGUUCUGUGAAUUUUGUUGUAGCUCUUGAAAGCCAGCUUAUACAAUCUGAGCCUGAAAUUAAGCUAGAUAUUAAAAUAAGCAGGUCAAAUAGUGUCCUUUCUGCUCUUAGAAUCGAAAUAUGCCAUUACCGAACCUCUCUUUAAACUGUCAGUCUGAAGCAGGUUUGUCAGUGCAUGUUUUUUAAUGUUUUUAUGACAGACUUAUGUAUGUGGCUUCUUGAUAAGUGCAGGAGUCAUAAUGAAGUUAGGGAAGAUCAGAAAUACAUUGCAGUGCUGUUCUCUGUCUUGCUUUUCUAAGGAGAUGCCUAUAAUAAUACCGUUUUCUUCCUUGUAGACCGCUGCUUAAUUCAAGGCUUGGUGCUUGAGCACUGCGGGCGCGUUCCCAGGCCAAACCAUUUCUUGGUGUGCACAGAAGAGAACGUGAUGCAAGCUAACACACUCUCAUGGCAAUCUAUAUUUGUGAACAGAGUAUCUGCCAAGCACGAGCUGCUGUAAUGGUCUAUGAUGAUGCCAAUAAGAAAUGGGUACCAGCUGGUGGAUCAACUGGAUUCAGCAGAGUUCACAUAUAUCAUCACACAGGCAACAACACAUUCAGAGUCGUGGGCAGGAAGAUUCAAGAUCAUCAGGUGGUAAUAAACUGUGCCAUUCCAAAAGGGCUCAAGUACAAUCAGGCUACACAGACCUUCCAUCAAUGGCGUGAUGCUAGACAAGUGUAUGGUCUGAAUUUUGGCAGCAAAGAAGAUGCCAAUGUCUUCGCAAGUGCCAUGAUGCAUGCCUUAGAAGUAUUAAAUUCACAGGAAGCUGUGUUCUAUUUAGGUCCUACACUGCCUCGACAGAAUUCACAGCUUCCCGCUCAAGUACAAAAUGGUCCAUCACAAGAAGAAUUGGACAUCCAGAGAAGACAGUUGCAAGAGCAACAAAGGCAGAAGGAGCUGGAACGGGAGAGGCUGGAUCGUGAACGAAUGGAACGGGAGAGGCUGGAGAGAGAGAGGCUAGAAAGGGAAAGACUUGAAAGAGAGCGCCUAGAACAGGAACAACUGGAGAGAGAACGCCAAGAAAGGGAACGACAAGAGCGCCUAGAAAGGGAGAGACAGGAAAAGGAAAGGCAGGACCGAGAAAGACUUGAACGACUUGAACGGGAAAGGCAAGAGAGAGAACGACAAGAACAGUUGGAAAGGGAACAAUUGGAAUGGGAAAGAGAGAGAAGAAUUUCAAAUGCUGCUCCAUCUUUCGACAACUCCCCGUAUAGCACUCCACUUCCUGAAUACUCCAGUUGCCAGCCUCCUUCAGCACCUCCUCCAUCAUAUGCAAAAGCAGUCUCAGCACCAAUGUCAGAGGCCACACCGGAGUAUGCUGUAGUGACUUCUGCACCACCGACUUCCACUCCCCCUACACCGCCUCUAAGGCACUCUGCAUCACGUUUUGCUACAUCUUUAGGCUCAGCUUUCCACCCAGUUCUUCCCCAUUACGCUACGGUUCCUCGUCCACUGAACAAAAGUUCUCGGCCCCCUUCUCCUGUGAAUGCCCCGGCGACGUUACCUCCAAACCCAAAGCCAGUUGCCUGGUCUGCGCCCAGUUUUGCCCCGCUUCCCCCAUCACCUCCAGUAAUGAUAAGCAGUCCGCCAGGCAAAGCCACCGGUCCGAGACCAGUCCUCCCAGUGUCGGCUUCUAAUCCAGUGGCUCAAAUGCCUGCAUCUCCCACAGCUCCUAAUGGGCUUUCUGAGAAUGUGACUUAUGCGGUUCCUUCACCUUCUACCUCAGGUCCAACUCCACCUCCGCCGCCUCCUCCCCCACCACUGCCUUCCUUUCCGCCUCUGUCACUCUCUGGACCUCAAGCUUCUCCUUCUCCAAACUCCCCUAAUGCCUCGACUCCCUCAUCCAAGCCUAGUGUUCUCCCUUCUCCCUCUGCAGCUACCCCUGCCUCUGUUGAGAACUCUCUAAACUCUGUGCUGGGAGACUCCUCUGCUUCUGAGCCAGUCUUGCAGGCAGCCUCUCAGCCGAUUGAACCUACGACCCAGCAGGGUGUUGUCCAAGGACCACCUGCACCUCCUCCCCCACCCCCGCUGCCCCCGGGCCCAGCCCAGGCCUCAGUAGCAGCCCCGCCACCUCCCGGCCCACCGCCACCGCCACCACCUCUCCCUCCAUCAGGGCCUCCACCACCGCCACCACCUCCUCCGCUUCCCAGCCAAGCUCCCACUGUUCCCCUCCCACCUCCUGCUCCCCCCCUUCCUGCUUCGGGGUUUUCAGCUGGAUUUGUGUCUGAAGAAAAUCGCCCUCUAACUGGACUAGCAGCUGCACUUGCUGGAGCCAAGCUUAGGAAAGUAUCACGGGGUGAAGACUCCUCCAGUUCAAGUGGAGGAGGAGGCUCUGCUCCAUCUAAAACAGACAGUGGCCGUGGAAAUGGGCCGCUUCCCUUGGGAGGCAGUGGCUUAAUGGAAGAAAUGAGUGCCCUGCUGGCCAGGAGGAGAAGAAUUGCUGAAAAGGGAUCAACAGAACCAGAGCAGAAAGAAGAUAAAACUGAAGAAGCAGAGUCUUCAACCUCUAAGGCUUCUUCAACAAGUACACCUGAAUUAACAAGAAAGCCUUGGGAAAGAACAAAUACAGUAAAUGGAAGCAAGUCGCCUGUUAUAUCCAGACGGGAAUCUCCAUGGAAAAACCUCGUUUCUGAAAACAGGUUCUAUGAUUCAUUAAACAGACCAAAAUCUACAACAACGGGGCAACCCAGUGCCAAUGGAGUACAGUCAGAAGGUCUAGAUUAUGACAGAUUGAAGCAGGAUAUUUUAGAUGAAAUGAGAAAGGAGUUAACGAAAUUAAAGGAAGAACUCAUUGAUGCUAUCAGGCAGGAACUGAGCAAGUCGAAUACUGCAUAGAAAGACUAGUACUAAGCCGAUGUGACUCUUUAACUUGGUAUAAAACUGACUACGUUUGUGAGCUGUUAGAAGAAAAUGGAAACAGACACUUGGAAGGAGGGAGAAACAUCAUAUUCUGAAAAGCUUCAGACGCAUCACUCUGGUGAUAUGCUAUUUUCCCUCCUGGUUUGCAGCUUUUUUCUGACCUUUACAGCAGGGUGGAAAAGAGUCUUAAGGUUACUGUAAUGAUUGUGCAGAAAUUCCUACACCUUUCAGACAAGAUCACAGUGCUUUGAAGUAUACUCAUGUCAAAAUAAAAUUGCACAUGUUUCAGAAUUUGUUGUUUAAAAAAAAAAACAAACAGGGAAAAGCUUGGGAAGGCUUUUCAGAGAGGUUUUCUUUAUUAAUGAAGGAUUUAGCAAGUUAUACUGUUGUACUUCAAAUGUAACUCAGGUUUGUCUUCCUAUCAUAUCUGAUGUUUCCAUGAAUAAUUUAAAAGAUCAGAUGUGUGUAAGUUCAGUUCACAAAAUAUGAAACAAUUAGAAAUAUGUACUUUUAAAGGGCAAUAUUUGUAAGUGAAUGACCUAGACAGUGUUCACAUGUCAAGAUUUUGGGAUUUUAUGAUAGGAAGCCUCUCUAGUUAGCCUUCAUGCAAUUUUAUAGGAAAAAAAAGAAAAGCAAUUGCAGUCCAGAGUUUAAAGAUGUAGAUGCCUUCCUACAUUGUUACAAUGCUUUACCAAAUCUAAGACUUCUACAUAAUGCGAAUCAGCAGUCAAAUGUAAAUCAUUAGUAUGUUGUAGAUUUACGGUAGAUUUUUGGGCUUUUUUUAGAUUUAUGCAUGUGGACAUUUUUGUAAUGUAACACAACACAGCUUUUUAAUUAAAAAGAAAAAAAUUGCAUGUCACAGAUAUUAAGUAGCCUUUUCAUUUUUAAGGCUUAAUUUAUGCCCAGAAAAAUGUGGGAUGAGGGAGGGGGAAGGUGACACAUUUUUAUUACUUUCUACACUUUUUCUUCAUCUUACAUGCAUGUGUAAUAAUGAGGAAAAUGUGACUUUAUCAAUAACCAUGUUAAUGGAACCAGGUACUUUAUCCUUUUUUGUAUCUCUUUUUUUCCAGUUUUAUAUUUGAAAUUCAGUAACAUUUCCAUAAUGGUUCUGAAACUCCCGUGAGAAUCUAACUCAUUUUUUUGAUGAGAGCAAACAUUUAGACAUCUAAAUUACUGAGGAUGCACCUGUACAAGUGCGUUAAUCUUCACCUUUUUACCUCUGCUUCACUGUUUUCUGAGACUCCUUUUUUGAUUGGUUAACAAAACAAGACAGCAGUUAGUUACAUUAGAAAGAUGGAGCAUCAGAUCACAGUAAAUCUCCCCUUCUAAUUUAUCUGCCACCUUCCUUCCAAAAGAAAAGAAGGAAAAAAAAACCCAACCCUACCAAAAGCACCACCAACCAAAACAGCUGCUCCACGGAGUCCAAACUGAAAAAUAGCAGUGCUGUGCCAUUGGUUUUAGUCAGUGAUUUGAGAAUCAUUUUCAGGGAGGAUGCCACCCUUCUGUUUCCCCAGGUUUUCACUCUUAGUUUGUAAACUGUUUUGAUUUGGUGCAAUUUGGUGGCAUAGAAUUCCAGUGAAUUGGACCUGUAGUGCUUUGGAAAAAUAAUGCGGAUCAAAAUCUUCCCCUUUCCUUUGCACUGUCAGUUUUUCUGAGCCGUAACAGUGCCAUGUUUGCUUUGUGAUCUGUGCUGAUCUGAAACUAAAGUUUACCUGCAACUUUUGGAGAGAAUAAUGUUUCAGCUUAAAAGUACACACAGCUCCAUCCCUUGGGCAAAUGCUUUCAAUAACAUACUGUCUUAAGUGCUGAACACCAAAGCAAAACAGCACUUACUGGUUUAGAAAGGCUUAAGUUGUUUCUUUUUUUCUCCAAACAUUUCUUGUUUCUAUAGAUUCAAAUCCUGAGAGAAGACUACAGUGGAAAUAUUGCCUAAUUCAAUUCAUGAAACCAUCUUUUUUUAAAAAGAACAAAACUGUUUUUCUGCAUGCAUUUCUUGGAGGCAUUAAGAAAAAAAAAAAACCCAUAGUAACCUUGUAAAGUACUGUUUUUCUCAAAAUAAGAGGAGGCAUUUUCAUCUUUGUUAUUGUAACUUUGUUUUACACGGACAUUUUCAGCAUUAAGGAAGUUUACCCUUGUCAGAAAUCAUGUUGGGUUUGUUUUUAGGAGAGUUGAGGAGUAGCGUAGUGGGAUAGUGUGGAUGGAUAUAAGUGGUCCAAAAUUAAACGAGAAGCGACUAGAUUGUGCAAGGAACUGGCUUAUGCACUAAACGUUUUGUGCCUUGGUCUAAAAUUAACAUGAUUUCUGUUCAAAAGAAAAGGAACAGAUGUCUUCUUUCGUGCUGCUUCUACAUACAUACUUUCUAUAAUCCCAAAUUGUUGAAUUGGUUCUUUCCAGAAAAUCUGAUCGAAUUAAAGAUUACUGUAAACAUUUCCUGUCAUACUGACAGUUGCACCAUUUCCAGAGAUUUCAGUAUUGAAAAUGAGCUACAGAAGCUAAGGUUAUUUUGCCUACUGGUAACUAAGUUCUUUGAUAACCAUAUUGUGGUGGUUCUGUGCUUUUGUAUAAUGGGUGUCUUAAACUGAGGACAGUUUAGGGGAUCCUUUCUGAUUCCAGGAAAGCGUUGCUUUCCUCAACACUGUGAUCUAAUCUGUGAUAAACCUGUACUAUAUACAAGUGGCUAACAAGUCAACCACAAACAAACUGAAUGUAAAAAUCUUAGUGCUGGUGCUGAAAUCUCUUCAGACAGUCAUAAUUUCCAGUUCAUUGUUUUAAAAAGUUAUCAAGCAUCAAGUGUCAAUCGAAAACUGAAGACGAUCACUAAUGAAUGUUGAAUUUUCAUGCAUUUAGGUUUACCUUCUUUUUAGUUUCUCAGUUCAUUCUCUGCUAUUUUUACCAUAUUGUGUCAUUUUAAAUUUCUUACAUGCUAACGUUUUGUUUGAGCGAAUGAAAUAAAAUUGCAAUAUAUA